GCAUAAGCGAAAAGCAGUGCUUGCGCAUGGCCAACUAAGCUUAUAGUCUCUGAUGGUGGUACAUUAAGUGGCAAAACUUGUAUUUUUUGUCAAUGUCCGUGGAAAAUAAAAGGCGCUCGCCGGGCAGAACUGGCUCGAUGGCGUUGAAAAAGAAGCGCUCACUAUCGGUUAAAGCCCGCGUUUCACGAAUCGGCAUAGGGAUCCAGAAACAUGCUCCCAAGAAAGUACGCACCUCCCCGUGUUCACCGAGACCUAAAAGCCAUGUUGGGAAUAAACAGACAGCUAACUGUUCGGCAUUAGCUUCACCUCCAGGCGAUAACAAGAGCUACGUUGAUGGAUCAUACCAACACAGGAAGAAAGUAACGCUGAAGGGCAAAGAUUAUCGAGCUGAUCAUUUGACCAGCAAUACCUAUGAUCCCUUGGAAUAUGACAAAGGUAUUAUACCAGCUAGAAACAAAGAGACCUUACAUUUAUCCGACUUGGAGCUACGAGUGCCACCUACACCGACUAAGAUAGAUUUACAAGGCUCACCAAGCAGAAUGACAUUUGAUGGUAGUUCGGUAUGGACGGUACAUAAUUUAGCUAAUAAGCUGCAAUCACCUAAAAAGAAACUUAAAAAGCUUAUCCGCUCCGAUUUAAGCAAAACCAGAAGAACGGGUUCGAAGAUUAUCGAGGAAAACAAGGGAUCGAAAUUAUUAGGUUGCAGUCCAAUUGAUCCCCAAUGUUUGCACAGACAGAAGAACAAAGGUAAGAGUACGCUAACGAAGCUCGAUUCAGCGGACGUGCAACCUAAACCAAACGAAGAUCCAGAUGAUGCCAGACAUCUAGAGACCGAAACAGAGGCGGAUCACACAGACACUGCCGGGGUAUCAUUGGAUCUAAAAAACGACUCUUUAUUACCCAAACGGUUCGGAAGGUUGAUACCCCCAUUGAAGCCAAAAAUGACAUCACCAGAAAACAUGAAAAAACCGCAUGCUAAUGAAAACACAACAAAAACAGAAGCAUUUCUAAAUGAAGCAGACAGGCGACUGUCUCUAAAACGCGCACAUAGCGCAGGGAUGGAUUGUUGGAAUACGCUCAGGGAUCAGGUAAUACGUUGCACCUCGCCCACGGCUCAAGCAGCAAUGAAGCCAAAAUCUUUAAAGCGUAAAAACGAAACCAUGGACCAAGCUUACAAGAAACCCACAGAAUACUCAGAAUUAAGAGCGGUGGAGAUGGAACACGUUCGUUUUGCCCAAGAAGCGGAAGCGAAGCGGGCCAACAUAGGAGAUGAGCCACUUGUCUGUUCCUCCGAAACAAAACAGCCUACAAAACGAGGCAGUUUCCAGGCUCCGCUUCACAAUUUACUACAAAAGCAUGCUCUUCGCAGUCGGAAGCGGAAUCUAGAAUCCAACAUAGAGGACAGCGAAGUACGUGCUCCGCAAGAUCAUUUGAUGAAACAGUCCUCUAAGUUGUUGUAUCCGACCGAGAGAAGUACUAACGACAGGGUGAAACGGUUGCUGCGCAACGCACCGAGGACAUUGAUGAAGAAGCUAAGUUUUGAUUCGAAAAUAACCGACCCAUCGUUAGAUGGAACUGUGACAACCCUAGGAAGGCCUGCUGAUCCGACCGUACCAUCUAUGGAAGACCGACGGAACGUGGACCGGCCAGCCAAAGAGAAGACAAGCGCGAAGUACAAAUCCCAAGCUACAUCUGUUUCAGAGAUCGCACCUUUACAACAAAAACGCACUCGGGUCAAACUGCCAGCUGGAGAACAUAAGUCAGCUAAGGGAGCGAAAUCAGAUACAGUGUCAUCUGCUAGUUCCCAGCUGUCUUUUGAUAGUUCGCUUGACUUUUUGGAUGAUUACACGGCAGAGUUUACGGUCAACGGACCAAAAAGAAGAGUGGACAGCAUUGUCGACCAACUGCGCCAAAACGCCCUCAAACUAAUUGAACUAGAACAAGCGUAUCGAUUUGCCAGGUUGAAAAGAUGUUGCAAAGACGACACUGCUUUAAAACGACCAGUCAGUGAAGACAAAAGGACGGAACAAAUAGGUGUAACCGCGACGGCGGCCUCGAGAGGUAAAAAGCGCAAAAAGCGCCAAAAAGUGGAAGGAAAACCGGAUCAUGUGAAAGAUGUAGUUCUGACCAACGAAUUUUCCGUGAAUCCUGCACCGGCACGUUUUAUCGUGGAAGACAAUCAGGCUGAGGUAGUGGAUAUUAUUGACCAGCAGUUUCAGCAGUCGACGCAGCAUACUUAUCCAGUGAAAGAAUUUGAGACCAAGGAGGAACCUAUAUGGGAUCCAACAGAGAAGAUGGUGGGUGAAGAAAUUCAGCACAAACAAAGCGCACUCGGCACACCUACCAGGAAGAAUGCAGAGAAAUCAGACGGAGUUAACGACACGGCAAACAGAGAGAAUGAACUGCAACUAGAUCAUUUCCAGAAAACAGGAGAGCAUGAAGGGCUCACACCGGUAGAGGUUCAACCGAAAUCCACAAAACAACAGGAUGGUAAGGAGGCUCAGGCGUCCUUGCUUGCAGCUUAUGGAAUCGCACUGCUCGAGGAGCCAGUAAGCGACAUACAACUGAGCGAACUCACUGCAACAGGUGGAACAUUUGAUACACAACAUUUGACUGAAGUCAACAGGAAACUGGGUAACCAUGAUGGGGUUGCAGCUCGAACAGAUGGCACUCAGAAGAUGGCUAGAACAGCCGAUUCCCUUAGUUGGCAUCCAGUUAAACAGAUCACCGAACAUUCAGAUUCUGCAGUUAUGGAAGAAACAAGCCACAUCCGUAAUAGCCAAAUGAAGUCCAGUAAACAACAGGUUGGUUCGACGGUGGAGAGGUACAAGAAAUCGAAAAGCCUGACGCCUAGUACCAAACGCAGUAUUGAUGACAAAUCCAAAGUAUCUCCUUCUGAGCAAGUGAAGCAUACGCCAUCUGCAGAUGAAACGCUAGCAAGCACAAGAAACACACUGACCACAACUACUACGGCAUCAUUUGCGCAAAAAGGAAGCUCGUACACACAUCCUGAAAGACGCGAUAUCCCAGCUACUGUCGUGCCUGACCAUUUACUUAAAGUUUCAAAAGGCGUCAUGAGCCUGGCUCAAAAUGAUGUUUCUAUGGUAGCGAAGUCACCAAAGCCAAUCGAUGUGUGGAAGCCCCUAUCCGAAAGUGAAAGAGUGAAAAUUUGUGAAAUCCAACCACCUGAGCCAUCCACUGUGUUAACCGACGAAAUCAUCUAUGGUCCAUGGGUCAAGUAUGACCUAAAGUCAUCAAGUAAAGGGCUCUUAAGCAGUGCGAUCGUUGAAAGACCUACUUUUCCCUAUUCGCCCAAUGCUCCCACUCUUCCAGGAGAGACUUGCACCUCAACAGAUGACGGAUUUAGGGAAAUGGAGAAAACAGAAGGGACACUGAACGAUUUGUGUCCACUGUUCCACAGCGAAAACGAAGGCAAAACCAACACUCAGGACGUCUCCCUUUUGCAAUUUACCACACCACCCGUUCACGAGCAGCUGACCAACGUGCCCAUCACCGGACCGACUAUGCAAACGGUGGCUAAACUCCAUACUGUCACUUCGCCACUGGAAGAACUGAACGCUACCAUCCGGAAGCUACCGCGUGACGCAGCUUUGGAUCCCCCGUUUAUAGAACGGGAUCGUCGCAAGCAUGCUGCGCGCAAACACCGGCGGUCUGCGAAGAGGACAGAUAGAGUGACAGCAAUGGCGGGUGAAUUGGUCAGUUCCAAAACGCAUCAACAAGAUACACUAAAUAAAGACGAUAGCCUCACCAGUAGGUCAGUGGCCGUCGUGGAUAAGACGAUCUCUCAAUACCCAACUCAUGGGCGCAGUAUAGACUCCCGCACCGAUGGUGAGAUUCUCGACGUUGAAGUGAUUCGCGAUCUGCGAGGUAGUCUUCUAACUGAGCCUGUCUUACAGGAGGCAAGACCACUGAGACGUCAUUCGGCACCACCUGCACAAGUUGAGUAUAUUCAAAGUCACCGACCAGACGGUGAGUCAGUGAGACUCAAUGAAUCAAAAUUAACAUCAGCCUGGGCAAAUGAGAGAUCAGCCGGAGACUUGGCAGAGUCAGUCGAUAUACCCAGUUCUAACAGAAUAAUUGCUAUGACAGAAAAGCCUUCCCGUUUAUUGACCAUAUCACAGUUAUCGUUUUCCAAACAAACAAGUGAAUACACUCUGGAUGCGGAGGAUUCUAGCGCAUCAUCCGCCUAUUCAUUGAAGCGGGUAGGGGCGACUCAACCACACAGUUUAUCUAUUCGUAGCCCAACUAUUUUAAUUCAUAGGCGGAAGCUGGAGCCAUAUGUCUCAAAGAGAAUUCAGGUUGGCCGAAGAGAAAAAAGCUACACCAGUCGAGGAGCACAAACACCGCAGCCAUAUUCCACUAGGAAACAGUACAGUGGACGUCGGAAAUGGAGUCUUUUUGGAGAACGACGUUGUGAUAAGAAGCAUAGAAGUGUUCGCAAAUUAUCUCACUGGCAUCCCUUAAAAAGAUGGUCCUCAGCCUCUUCUCCUGAAGAUUCGCGCACAUGGCGUAGAAGGAGAUUGAGCCUGAAUGAAAGUUCAACCUCAGUUGACUCUAUUGGUCAUGGUAUUACGGUACAGCGAAAGGGAUGGAGCAGGGGAAAAAUCAUUUCCGUUAACUGGGAUACCUCACAAGAGCACCUUGGGGGUCAAGUAUCACAGCAGUCUACUCGAUCCGAAGGCCUGUCUAUGACCCAUAAUGAUAGUCCGCAUUCUGGAGUGUCAAACAAAUCAACGCAGCCUACUAACAGCUCCUCUCAAACGCAAUCACAAGACUCAGCCAAAUCUGAUCCGAGGUUGCCGAAAAGUGACGACGUAAGUUUAACCAUAAGUUUUACAGGAAAUCCAGAAAACAGCGCUACGUCACUGUCAUCAGAAGGGCUACUGACCCCUUCUCUGGAGCGGAUAGUGCUACACACAUUCCGAUGCGACCGAAGAAAACACGAUGAUCGUUUAUGUCUGUGUCGACGGAGAACCGACUCCCUGGAUCGUGACUUUGGUGAAGUCACCUGCAGCUGCUCCCACGAUUCUUUGUCACUUUGCUCCCGUAUGAGUGACCAUUUGUGUAAGUGCCGCGAAUCCCAGCAUUCUAGUGCACCGAAUCUUGACCUACUGGCACCGGGUUGUCAAAUUACUUCGGCUUUCACGAAAUCUGACAAAUUUGUCCAGUCGACUAAUGUGUCAAGAGAUGAAGCGGUUAUUAGCGAGACGGCGUCUCUUGAAGAUGAAACUCGCGCAGCAACUUGCAUUAGAGGCCUGUCAUGCUCGCUGGUAGGAGGACAUUGAAGGUGCAGCUCAUUAUUCCGCCUAGAGAACUCAUUUCUUUACUUUAUAAAGUUUUUGCUUUUUAUCCUUAGACUGAAUGUGAGUCGUUCCGUUGAAAUCACUGAUUUUAGUACAUUACUUGAUUGUCAG